AUGGCAGAGCCAAGCACUCCCGAUGGAGAGCAAGCCACAAACGCCAUGGCGAAAAGAGUGCUACGCAAAAUCGACAGACGGUUAAUCCCGCUCUUAUUCACCACUUACAUGCUCAAUUUUAUGGACAAAGUUAUUUUGUCCAGCGCAGCUGUAUUCGGGAUGCGUGAUGAUACAGGACUAGUGGGCCAGCAGUACAGCUGGGUUUCAUCAAUAUUCUACUUUGGCUACCUAGGAUGGGUAUACCCAACAACCCUCCUGAUAGCCCGUCUACCAGCAGCAAAAUACAUGACAGCCAACACGCUAUUCUGGGGCGCAGUAGUAUCCCUCACAGCAGCAUGCACCAACUUUGGCGGUUUAAUCACAGUCCGCUUCCUGCUGGGAGUCGCCGAGGCAACAAUUACCCCUGCAUUCAUGUUCAUCACCUCGACAUGGUAUACACGCGAUGAGAUCCCAACCCGAACAGGACUGUGGUUCGCAGGCAACAGCGUCGGCGGAAUCCUCUCCAGCCUCCUCGCCUAUGGCCUCGGACACGUCAAUGACUCCGUUGGGCCCUGGCGAUGGAUGUUCAUCGUGCUGGGCCUGUUAACCUUCCUCUGGGGCUUUGCCUUGUGGGCCUUCCUCCCUGACUCGAUCUCCAAAGCCAAAUUUCUCACGGAAGAAGAACGCCAAUGCGCAAGUACCCGAGCCGUAGUGGCAGGUACAGGCGCCACAGAGAAAACAGACUGGCAAUGGGAUCAAUUCGUAGAAUGCCUACUGGACCCGAAAACAUGGCUAGUCUUCGGCUUGGCUUUGGUGACUCAAAUCCCCAACGGGGGAACGCAGAAUUUCUCCAAUCUGGUCAUUAAGUCGUUUGGCUUUACGAGUUUGCAGUCUACGCUGAUCAAUAUUCCCUAUUCGAUUGUCACUAUUGCCACUAUUACGGGGACGGGUUGGCUAGCGGGCCGAUUCCGUCAGCUCAAUUGCAUCCUGGUGGUUGCGGUUGUUAUUCCCUGUGUUGUUGGUAGUGCGAUUAUCUAUUCGCGCGCUCAUAUUGUUCUAGGCGUUCAGUUAUUUGGAUAUUUCCUGUUGUCGACGGGUCCUGCCGCUAUGCCGUUGGUAAUGUCGCUUGUGCAGGCUAAUUAUCGUGGUGUCACGAAGAAAAUGACUGUCACUGCUAUGUUAUUCCUUGCAUACUGUGCUGGGAAUAUCUCUGGCCCGCAGUUCUUCCUUACAGAAGAGGCGCCGAGUUAUAAUACUGCUUUCCGCGCGAUUAUGAUUUGUUAUGCUCUGGCUGUAGGUCUUGCACUGGCUCUGCGCUUUUAUUUGCAGUGGAUUAAUACUCGUCGGACACGUUUGGAGGGAUUUGAGGGAAGUGCUGGGAAUGCGGGUGCCGUUGGUGGAAAGGUGUUGGAUGGGGAUCAAGAUUCGAAGAAUGUUGCGGAAAUGGUGACGAGGGUUCAAGCUGUGUCCGAUGAUUAUGAGGAUAUUACGGAUUGGAAGACCCCCGGCUUUAGAUAUCGGUAUUAG